AUGGAUACUGAUCCAGAGAGCCCUGAUGAUGGUGAGCAAGGCAACGAAGACUUCCCAGACAUGCCAAGUGGUAACGAUGCGACGGAGUUGCCUCCAGAGGAACCACCUCUCCUGCCCUACCGGCCUCUGCUUGAACGACUGGACGAGCUUGCCGUCGACGGCCGCUGCGACCCCGGUGUUUCCGACGACGACGAUGAACCGGUGGGUCCCGAUGGUGGGUGGGCCAACUACCAGCAGUGGCAUGGAGAUGGUGUGGGGACUGAUUCGGACGAUUCUCGCGACGAACCCGAUUUGAAGGACUCCAAUGACCCACCGGAUACUACUGCGGGGAACAGAGAGUGGGGGGAAUCGAAGCGACUUGACGAAGUGCAUAUCGGUCUUGGUGGAAAAGUCAUGGAGGGGGGGGCACGUUUAUGUGCUUUUAACACCAAGGCGAAGCGUUCUCCGUAUUUUCCGUAUGAAAAUCUGUCGGUUCUGCUGUUUUAUCAGCUUGUCCACAAGUACCAAGUAUCGGAGGUCAUGUUGACGGGUCUAUUGGCUAUUUUGCGCACGCGUCACAAUGGCAAAGGUUUCGAUGUUGACGACAUCCGACACAUCACAGCGAAACACUUCUACGGCAGGCGAAGAGCUCACCACCCACUUUUAGACGUAGUCGAGACCUUUGUACCCUCCUCGAAGGACAACGGAACUUCUGUGCCUGUUUUAUGAUAUACCGUGCAACCUGCUCGUGAACCGUAAGAUACAAUCCCCGUCUUUCAUCGAGACAUGUGUGCAGAAUUCGGGC